AUGCCUCCCAAAUCAAAUGGAGUCAAGACCGAGCCCAAAAAAGCUCAUCAAGAUGAUGAUAUACAAGUUGUUAAUACAGUGAUUUCAUGUCUUGAUAUAAUUUCAAGACAACGUAUAAACAAAGGUGUUAAAUCAACAAGAUGUACACAUAUUAGUUGUUUUGAUUUAUCAAGUUUUUGUGAAAUCAAUAGUAUUCCACCAUCAUAUUAUGAAAAGGAUAAAGUUGAAUUCAAUGAAAGACCAACAAGGUAUGAAGCUAAGAAAAUUGUUCAAGAAAUUAAAGAUGAUCAAACAAAUUCAAAUUCAGAUGCAUUAUUCCAAUUGAAAUUAAAUGGGAAAAAUGUAACGUUACAUGCAAGGAAAUUAACAGGGAAAAGGAAAGAUUUUGGUAAAGAACUUCGAUGUCCAAUUUGUAAUGUUAAGUUUUUACAAAAUGAACUCAUAGCUGAUGAUUUUAUGAUUACCUUAUUGAAAAAUGUACCCAGUGAUGUUGAAAGUAUUGAAAUUGAUGAAAGUAUGAUGGUUAAGCUAGUCAAAGAAAAAACACCUUUUGAAUCUGAAAAAGUAGUUGAAGUUUUAGAUAUAGAAUCUGAAUCUGAAUCUGAAAAUUUAAAAAAAUCAAGAAGAACUAGAAGAAGGAGAUCAGGUAAUAAUAAUGAUAACAAUAACGAUCAUGAGGAUGAGGAUGAAGAAGAUUCAGAUGAUGAGCCAAUAAGCUCUCAAGUAAGAAGAAGUAAAAGACAUAAAAAUGUUAUAAAAAUUGUUGAAAUGAAUGAUGAUGAAGAUGAAGAUGAUAAAGAUGGUCUUGCUUAUGACAGCUUAGAUGAAUUGUUCAAUGAUAAAAUUAAUGGAACUUCUUCACAUAAAGGAACUCAAGAUGAUCCUUUAGUUAUAGAUUAG